AGAAAAUCAAAAGCGCAGCCGGAGAGAGGCAGAGCCGCAGAGGCAGGGAAGAAGAGGAAUGCCCGAAAGAGAAGGUGCAUUAGGGUUUCUCCAUCUUCUCCGAUUCUCCUGUCCCUCUUCCAAGUUCGCUCUGAAUUCCGAAGCGGGAUCGAACAGCGAAAGCGAACGCUUCGGUACGAGGAAGAGGAAGAGGAAGAGGACUCCAUUCCAGAACGAACCAGGAGCUUGAGCUCGACAGCAAUUUUCGAUCCCUCGGAUCCGGAUCAAAACGCUCUCUCUUCUCCUGAAUCGAAGGAUCAAAAUCAGGAUAGAAGAUCUUGCUUGACAUGGCUGCUUCUGCCAAACCUCUUACCGUUGGAAAUUGUUCCUUAAACGGAGAAUGGACUGUUGUUGGACGACGGCGUGGCAAACAAAGAAGAUAUGUCCCGAGGAUCAAACUUCCAGAAGUAAGAGAAGCAUGGACUCCAGCAGAUACCAACAUUGAUACUGAAAGAGUCUCAAAAUUGCUGCAGAAGCUGGAGAUAUGUAUGAAGAGGAUGGAGACCUCUCAGUUCUACCGGCGUUUUGUGGAGCAAAUUGCAAAUUCAGAAUCUUUUAAUUGCUUUCGCCGGGUUUUGGGCUCUGAAUCGGAGAUGCAGGUGGUUGUUUAUGGUAUUGGCAGCAUUGACUCAUAUGAAACCCCGAGGUUGCAGCUGAGUCUCUUAUUAUUGAUGAAGAGAAAGUUCAGUUGGAUGGGCGGCAUAGAAGUUUUUGAUCCCAUACUUUCUGCAACAGAAUCUCAAGUGUUACAAGCUCUUGGUUGCUAUGUCCUCUCAGUUAAUGAGCAAGGUCGUCGCUGUGCUCUAAAGCCCACGCUUUUUUACAUGCCUCAUUGCGAGGCUGAGUUAUACGACAAUCUUCUGCAUGCCAAUCAGGAGGCGGCCACGCUGAAGAACGUAGUACUGUUUGGAAAUAGCUUCGAAACGUAUGAGGAGUAUGCAUCUGCGAUUAGAAAUUCGUCCAUAGUGCAUUCUGCAGGGCAUAUAUUGGCUCUUAAGAAAUUCACAUGUGAGUACAAAAUCCAGAUUGUGUCCGAUGAUUAUUUUAAAGCCUUCCAUGAUUCAAGUUGGCAUUUUUUCAGCAAUGUGCAUGACGCAUAGCUGCUAUUUGUGUAACCCUGACCAAUUAUUGUUGGAUCAGCAUUGUGAAAAACUAUAUGCUGGUGGAAAUAGAAUGGCUUUGGCGUUAAGUUAUUGUGGGAAAUUCAUCUACGAAUGAAAUGGACUUAAACGAAUCGUCCCUU